AUGACACGUGCAACACGGCAAAAAGAAAAGGACGAGGAACAGGCCGGACGUCGCGCGACAAGGAGGCUGUCUCAACAGACCGAUAGGGAGGGUGGUGGCGGCUCUAAAGGUACUAAUGCGUUCGCCGCGCGUGGCAGAGGGCUGAAAAAACUGGCGGGAAAAAAGGCUGCGUUUGGACAGGAGAAUUCCGGCAAGAAGGCGGAAGAGAAGGGGAAGCAACCAACGCCACGUAAGCGUGUUUCUACCGUGAAAAAAGAUGCGGAUGUUGCCUCUGGUAGAACCGAUCCCGGUCCGACUAACGAUGGCACCAUCGGCGGCAAAGAAGAUCCGGGCCGAGGGAGCGUGAGUCUUGCAGUCCCGUCGGCGGAGAGAGAGGGGUCGGCGACAGGGGGAAACCACGGCGACGCUCCCCGCGCCGAGCAUGCCGCAACCCAGGAGUCCGACGCGGAGGCAUCCCAACACGGCCUGACGCUGCUCCAGCCGACCGUGGUCGAAAUUUCUGCUGUCGUGGUGGAUAAGGCCAAGGCGGGGGAGCACGAUUCGAUGGAGGAUCUCCAACACAGCAUCGCCGAUGUAGGUGGAUCUCCUCAUUCUGGUGGACGUGGGAGGCGUAGGCAGAGGAAGAGCGAUGGGGAAGAAGAGUAUGACACCGCCGUGCCCGGGGACAUCAAUACGCGGUCGAAGAGGUGGCAGACAACAGGCGGUACUGACGACGCCGGUGGUGCGGAAGUUGGGACAAUGCGAGGUGCCACGGAAGCAAGUGGCAAGGCGACGGGUCAUGCAUUGCGCAAGAAGGGCCGACCCACAGCGAGGAGAACAUCCGGCGGAAGGAGGGGCAAGAAAGCAGCGAGGGGGAAGAGGCCGAAACGGGGCGAAGAAGACCCUGAUGCUGCGGAGGAGGAGGAUGAGGGGGGUGCGGGGGAUGAGGAGGAGGAGGCUGAUGAGGAGGAGGAUGCGGAGGAAGAGGAGGAUGAAGAGGAUGCGGAGGAGGAGGACGCGGAUGUUGGGGAGGAAGAAAAAGAUGAGAAUGAUGACGAGGAGGACGAAGAGGAGGAGGAGGAGGAGGACAAGGAGGGGGGCGACGAGGAUGAGGAGGAGGAGGAGGAGGAGGAGGAGGAGGAGGAGGAGGAGGAGGAGGAGGAGAGGGACGACGAGGAUGAGGAGGAGGAGGAGGAGGAGGAGGAGGAGGAGGAGGAGGAGGAGGAGGAGGAGGAGGAAGAGGAGGAGGAGGAGGAGGAGGAGGAGGAGGAGGAGGAGGAGGAGGAGGAGGAGGAGGAGGAGGAGGAAGAGGAGGAGGAGGAGGAGGAAGAGGAGGAGGAAGAAGAGGAGGAGGAGGAGGAGGAGGAGGAGGAGGAGGAGGAGGAGGAAGAGGAGGAGGAGGAGGAGGAGGAGGAGGAGGAGGAGGAGGAGGAGGAGGAUGUGGCGGCAGCAUUGGGCCACCGGUAA